AUGAAUGACCCUGGGCUUGAUGACGCUAUUGCUGAUGAGGCAGUGGCUCUCGAUAACACCUCUAGCAAUCACAAGGACAAGGCGAAUCAAGAUGCAUUAACUCAAGAUGCGAAGUACCCUCAAGCUGCUCGGUGGUGGUUUGCAAGUACAGUAUAUCCCCUGACAGCUGGAACAUUCGGUCCAAUGGCCAGCGCAUUCAAUAUAUGCUCCCUAUCCCAACCUUGGCGAAUGGACUUAACGAGCACGGGCGGACUAGACGUCCCCGAUCCAAAAUGGGCCAUCGCCAUAAACGCAGUAUCCCUAUUCUUUGCCCUAACAGCAAAUCUAGCCUUAUCCCUCAACAUGGCCAGACGAAUCCGCUUCGAAAUUGCCCAGCCCAUAAUUAUAAUCGGCUGGUAUAUCUCAUCAGCACUCCUGAUAUCAAUCCUCAUCCCCUUUGGCGUCCUCAUGUACAAACCAGAGAACGACGGCCGUGUCUACUCCCAGUCUUACUUCUACGGUGCAUUCGCGGCGGGAAUAUACUUCAUUAUCUCGUCGUUGAUGCUAGUCACCGGCUAUGGUGCCUGGAAGGGCCACUACAGUCGUGAAUACAAGUUGACGACUAGCCAGCGGACGCUCAUGCUGCAGACGAUUAUCUUUUGCAUUUACCUGCUUGGUGGGUCCGCUGUCUAUGCUCGUAUUGAGGGCUGGAGGUUUCUCGAUGCGGUUUAUUUCGCGGAUUUCACGCUGCUGACGAUCGGAAUUGGGAAUUUCGCGCCUGCGACCCAUCUUGGGCGUGGGCUUUUGUUUCCUUAUGCCAUUGGUGGCAUUGUCAUUCUUGGUUUGAUCAUUUCUUCCAUCCGGACUCUUAUGUUGGAGAAGGGGAGGCAGAAGGUUGGGGAUAUGCUCACGGCUCGCACGCACAAAUUUCUCAUUAAGCAGGCUUUCUCGGAAGGGUCUCGGUUGCAUGGCGUUGUACCUGCGCUGGGGAAAGAGAGUGCCGAGGCUGACGGUCGGAGUGAGCGUGAGCAACGGAAGAGGGAGUUCAUUGCUAUGAAUCAAGUGCGCGACUUGGCGAAUGUUCAGCACAAGUGGCUCUCGCUUUUAAUUUCGCUGACGCUUUGGAUGGCUAUGUGGUUUAUUGGUGCUGUCGUCUUCUGGCGCUCUGAGUCUGUGCGGGACUGGACGUAUUUCGAGGCGUUGUACUUUGCGUACACGACUCUUCUUACGAUUGGCUAUGGUGAUAUAUAUCCGAUCAGCAGUUUGGGAAAAGCGUUUUUCGUUUUUUGGUCUUUGCUUGCUGUUCCGACAAUCACAAUUCUCAUUUCGAAUAUUGGGGAUACGCUUAUUCGCUUUAUUCGGGAUAUGACAUUGUUCAUUGGUGAGAUCACGAUCUUGCCUGGCGAUCAGUCUUUCGUCGAUAAGAUCAAGGAUCUGUUCCACAUGUCUUGGAUUGGAUGGUGGCUUGAAGAUAAAACCGGCGAGAAGACGGGAUCCUCCAAGGAAAAGGCCAGCACAACUACUGGAAAAGGAAGCGACUCAGCUGCGCCCCACAAUGGCAUCAGUCAACUGGAAGCAGAAGAGCUAGACAAGGGACAGCAGGCUCAUCAGGGCGGCGAUAUCAUCGCUGAGAAUGUUCAUCAUUAUCACUACAUUCUCUUCAAAGAAGUCCGCAAGAUGAUCGAGUAUGCUUCCAAUCAUCCGUCUCGACAGUUCGACUACUUAGAAUGGGAGUACUAUCUCGGUCUGAUCGACGGCAAGAACAAGCCAGAUGCCACCACUGGCAAUGCCUCUGGUGAAGAACGCAACAAGAGACAAGGAGGGGGGGGCAACGACUGGAGGUGGAUCGACAAGGAGAGUCCACUCUUAGGGCACAAGACCGAGGUUGAGUGGCUACUUGGGGCAUUGACAGAGGCUCUAGAUCGUGAGCUGAGGAAAGCUAGCCAUUUUCAAGCAUCAGAAAGCGAGAAUCAUACCAAGGAAAGCAGAAAUUCUGAAGCAGAGACCGAUGGUGGAGCCAAGGACGUGGAAGUGGCCGCAUACUGA